GCAGGCGGCGGCGGCGGCCAUGGCCGAGGCGUCGCCGCAGCCCGGACGCUACUUCUGCCACUGCUGCUCCGUCGAGAUCGUGCCGCGCCUGCCGGAUUAUAUCUGUCCAAGAUGUGAGUCCGGUUUUAUCGAGGAGCUUCCAGAAGAGACCAGGAGCACAGAGAACGGCUCCGCCCCCUCCACAGCCCCUACGGACCAGAGCAGGCAGCCCUUCGAGAGCGUCGACCAGCACCUGUUCACACUGCCACAGGGCUACGGGCAGUUUGCUUUCGGCAUCUUUGAUGACAGCUUUGAGAUCCCCACGUUCCCCCCUGGAGCACAGGCUGAUGAUGGCAGAGACCCCGAGAGCCGGCGCGAGCGGGAGCAGCACUCCCGGCACCGUUACGGUGCCCGGCAACCCCGUGCCCGCCUCGCUGCGCGGAGGGCCGCUGGCCGGCACGAAGGCGUCCCCACACUGGAAGGGAUCAUCCAGCAGCUGGUGAAUGGCAUCAUCACUCCCGCCACCAUCCCCAAUCUGGGCCUGGGCCCCUGGGGUGUCCUGCACUCAAACCCGAUGGACUACGCCUGGGGGGCCAACGGCCUAGAUGCCAUCAUCACGCAGCUCCUCAAUCAGUUUGAAAACACAGGCCCCCCGCCUGCAGACAAAGAGAAAAUCCAGGCCCUCCCCACCAUCCCCGUCACUGAGGAACACGUAGGCUCCGGGCUGGAGUGCCCCGUGUGCAAGGACGACUACGGGCUGGGUGAGCACGUGCGGCAGCUGCCCUGCAACCACCUGUUCCACGACGGCUGCAUCGUGCCCUGGCUGGAGCAGCUCCUCCAGCUCGCCCAGCAGCGAGCACCCGGCCGGCAGCUCCUGAGCCCGCGGCCCCAGCGUGAGCCAGCGCAGCCGGUGCGGCCGGGGCCGGGCACCAGGCCCGCCCUCCCGUGGCUCCCGCGCCACCGCACCAUGGACUCCGUGCCCGGCCAUGCCAUGGCCACAGGCGGAGGCUGAGGACCCGCCGCCUCCAGGUGCAGAGGGGAGCGUGGCCCUCGGCUUCCAGCAGGACGUCCGCGCUGGGCCUGGCAUGCGGCCCCUGGGUGCCGCCAGCGCCCGCCGUCCUAUUUGUCUCCAACCUCUCCCUCCACGUGUUCAAUGGUGGAAAGGUUUUUAUAAUUUUAAAUUAUUACUGCUUUGAAAUAAAUGGACGUUGAGCUCACACGCGGCCGUGCAUGGUCUGUGGGUGGAUCGGCUCUUUGCGGUGCCCCGGCCGCCCCCGCCCCUCGGGCCCCGCGUGGGCGGCCCGGGACCACAAGGACGACCAGCAGGCCAGGAACAAAAUUGCUUGACAGAUGUUUUUUAAAGGAAAAAAUAUGUGUAUCUUGAAAGCUAUUUAAAAAUACACCUACUUAGA